CCUUCCGGGUGCCCCUCCGUCUCCGUCUCCGGCUCCGGCCUCCCGGUCGCCACCACCGCAUCACCGCAUCAUCAUAUCACCACCACCACCAGAGAUACUCCUUUUUCUGACGUCGCCCACCGCGAUGGCCGCCCUCACUGCGCGGCUCGCCGUGCUGGGCGAUCCCUCGACCGACCCGGAGGACAUCCUCAGCUCCUCCCUCGCCGCAAUCUACCCGGACGACGUCGCCAACACCCACGGCGACGCCGCCCACGCCCUCAGCUACGCUUCCCCGCACUUGCCCAGGCCGCUGCUCCUCCAGCUCGCCGACCCCCAGGGCGAGCAGCACCGCCGCCUCUUCAGCCACUACCUCUGGAACGCGGCCCUGCUGCUCGCCGAGCUCCUCGAGAGCGCCACCCUCGGCGUGCCCCUAUCGCCGUCGUCGAAGUCGUCAGGACCAGCUCAACCACAACAAGUACAAUGUGAUGCCGCUCCCCGGAGGGAAGAGGCCCCGGUCGGGAACAGAGGCAUUGGCAAUGAUGACUUCCUCGCCGCCUUCAACAUCACGGGGCUCAACUGCAUCGAGCUCGGCGCCGGGACUGCCCUGCCGAGCCUCAUGGCCGCGCUGCUCGGCGCCCGCGCCGUCACCAUCACAGACUACCCGAGUGUCGAGUUUCUCGAGACGGUGCGUCGCAAUGUCCAGCACAACAUCCGCGACGAGUUCUCGCCCCUCUUGACGUCGUCGUCGUCGUCGUCGUCGUCGCUGCGUGGUGGCGGCUCGAAUCGUGCUGCUGCUGCUGCUCCGGACCCGGUGGUCAAGAACGCGCAGAUGGACGGAGACCAGGUCAAUGUACCUGCAUCGCCUUCCCCGGCAGCGACAGCGGAAGCAAAGCCAGAGGACACGGGGGAGAAGAGCAAGCGUAAACUAGCGACGGUGCAAGUCCUCGCCCACGAGUGGGGGGUCUUGCCGGGCACAGACGAGCACCACAAAGACGGGGAGGAGGAACAUGCUGCUCAUGUCGGCACCGCCAACGCCGGCGACCCCCUCGAACACGAUCACGACAGGAGCGGCGGCGGCGGCUCCUCCGCCACCAAGGUGUCAUCGCGGCUCUCCCACCUCGCAGCAAGCCAUCAGCAGCAGCAGCAGCAGUACCACCACCAUCACGCGUACGACCGCGUCCUGGCCGCCGAUUGCCUGUGGAUGUCCUCGCAGCACGCAAACCUCGCGGCGUCCAUCGCGUGGCUACUCCGCCGGCCCGGCUCGCCGCGGCCGCGACGAACACUGCUACUGCACCACCAGGAGAGCACGGCAGAUCCAUCCUCGUUGUCGUCGUCGUCGUCCUCCUCCUCCUCAUCAUCAUCCGCAGUCAUCGCCGAUGUCAGUAGCCUCAGCAGCAGCGCUAGCACCACAACAGGCCCGUCAACCAAGGCAGACGACAGCAGCAACAACGACGACGCAGCAGCCAGUGCAAUCAGUUCUCAUGAGACCAACAAACACGAGGAGAAGGAGGAGGAGGAGGAGGAGGAGGAGGAGGACACUGGCGGCCGUGCGCUCAUCGUGGCAGGCUUCCACACAGGCAGACAAGGGAUGCGCGGGUUCCUCUUUUCGGAUCCCACCGCCUCCGCCUCCACUUCCUCAUCCGACGACACCACCACCAUGGACAGCCACAGGGACGACAACAACAACAACACCAACAACAGCUGGUCGUCGCUGCAACCCUCGCCCCACCUGCAGGCCAACAGCCUCGAGGUCGAGUCCAUCCACGAGCGCGACUGCGACGGCAACACCCGCCCCUGGGCCUGGGACCGGGGCUACGAGGACCCCUCGGAGCGGAAGCGCUGGCUCGUCGUUGCUGUGCUGAGGCCGACCAUCACGACAACGACAACAAUCUAAAGAGGGGCCGGGGGGGGGGGGUCUGACAAACAAACUGAGGUUUUGUAUCCCCAUCAAAUGUGUACGCGUUGCGUGAAGACGAACGGCGCCCGCUUUGGUGCUGGCCCUC